UCGUGUCGGAGGAUUUGACAGACACCACCGGAGGAAAUAAGUGCAAAAUUAUCAGAAAUGUGGCAUUGUGCUCUGUUUUUAAAGAACUUGGCGGUUAUUUAAUUCAUUACACUUCAGCGAAUCUUGGAAAAAAAAGCUGUAGAAGAUGGUUUUACAAAACAGCGGACGGUAUAAGUCGGACCGGGGACAAAGUGGAGGAGAUCAGGAAAACCAGGAUGAUUCCUCCUCCGCCCUGAAGCGGCUGGAGCGCAGCCAGUUCACCGACGCCAUGGACGCCCGCUUCGGCUUCGACAGGAUCAGGGAGCCGGGGGAGAAGACGGGCUGGCUGAUCAACAUGCAUCCUGCAGAGAUCUUGGAUGAAGACAAGAGGAUGAUCAGUGCCGUGGACUACUAUUUCAUUCAGGAGGAUGGAAGCAGAUUCAAGGUGGCUCUUCCAUUCAAGCCUUAUUUUUACAUUGCUACUAAAAAGAACUGUGAGAGGGAGGUCAUUUCAUACUUGUCAAAGAAGUUCCAAGGAAAGGUGGCAAAGCUUGAAAUCCUCCCAAAAGAGGACCUGGACCUGCCAAACCAUCUCGUGGGCCUGAAGAGAAGCUACAUCAAGCUGUCGUUCAGCACCCUGGAAGAGCUCAUGAAAGUCAAGCGUGAGAUUUCUCCAGCCGUGCGUAAGAACAGAGAGAGGGAACAGUCCAACGAUGCCUACACCUCUAUGUUGUCAAGUGCUCUUUCAGGGGGCAGUGUGACUCCAGCAGAUGAAGAUAGGACGUCAAAGAGUAUCUCAGAUCAGUUAGACAACAUCGUGGACAUGAGAGAGUACGAUGUGCCUUACCACGUGCGAGUGUCCAUAGACCUCAAGAUCCAUGUCGCUCACUGGUACAAUGUUCGAUACCGAGGCAGUGCUUAUCCACCAGAGAUCGUUCGGAGAGAUGACCUUGUGGAGCGGCCGGACCCUGUUGUUUUGGCCUUUGACAUUGAGACCACCAAACUUCCUCUGAAAUUCCCGGAUGCAGAGUCAGAUCAGAUAAUGAUGAUCUCCUACCAGAUAGAUGGACAGGGUUUCCUAAUCACAAACAGAGAGAUUGUCUCUGAGGACAUUGAGGAUUUUGAGUUCACUCCCAAACCUGAAUAUGAAGGGCCUUUUACAGUUUUCAAUGAGGAUGAUGAGGCGGGCCUCAUCAAGAGGUGGUUUGAUCACGUUCAUGAAACCCAACCAAACAUCUUUGUAACCUACAAUGGAGACUUUUUUGAUUGGCCUUUUGUGGAGACCAGGGCUGCGGUUCAUGGACUAAACAUGUACAAGGAGAUUGGUUUCCAGAAGGACAACCAAGGAGAGUACAAGUCCAGCCAAGCCAUCCACAUGGACUGUCUGAGGUGGGUAAAGAGAGACAGCUACUUGCCUGUGGGGAGUCACAACCUGAAGGCAGCAGCAAAGGCCAAGCUGGGCUACGACCCCGUGGAGCUGGACCCCGAAGAGAUGUGCCGCAUGGCAACUGAAGAACCACAGACCCUAGCAACCUACUCUGUGUCCGAUGCCGUCGCCACAUAUUACCUGUACAUGAAGUAUGUUCACCCUUUUAUCUUCGCGCUGUGUACCAUCAUCCCCAUGGAACCCGAUGAGGUGCUGCGUAAAGGUUCUGGGACUCUGUGUGAAGCCCUGCUCAUGGUGCAGGCCUUCCACGCCAACAUCAUCUUCCCCAACAAGCAGGAGCAGGUCUUCAACAAACUUACAGACGACGGUCACGUCAUGGACUCCGAGACCUACGUGGGCGGACACGUGGAGGCGCUGGAGUCAGGAGUGUUUCGCAGUGACAUCCCCUGUCGUUUUAAAAUGAACCCGGCUGCAUUUGACUUCCUCUUGCAAAGAGUUGAGGGAACGAUGCGUCACGCCAUCGAGGAAGAGGAGAAACUUCCCCUGGAGCAAGUUACCAACUUUAAUGAGGUUUGUGAUGAAAUCAAAAAGAAGCUGACUUCCUUGAAGGAGGUUCCAAACAGGAUUGAAUGUCCCCUCAUCUACCAUCUUGACGUCGGCGCGAUGUACCCUAAUAUUAUUCUCACCAACCGUUUGCAGCCAUCAGCUAUGGUUGAUGAGGCCACAUGUGCUGCCUGUGACUUCAACAAGCCUGGCGCCACCUGUCAGAGGAGUAUGGCCUGGCAGUGGAGAGGAGAAAUCAUGCCUGCAAGUCGGAGUGAGUUCCACCGCAUCCAGCAGCAACUCGAGUCUGAAAAGUUCCCGCCGUUUUUCCCCAACGGACCUCCUCGGGCCUUUCACACUCUCAACAGGGAGGAGCAGGCCAAGCAUGAGAAGAAACGUCUGGCAGACUAUUGUAAGAAGGCGUAUAAGAAAACACACGUCACCAAGCGGGAGGAGCGGGUUACCACCAUCUGUCAGAGAGAAAACUCCUUUUAUGUUGACACUGUCAGAGCUUUCAGGGAUCGACGUUACGAAUUCAAAGGACUUCACAAGGUGUGGAAAAAGAAAUUGUCGGCAGCCCAGGAAAGCGGAGACGCUGCUGAGGUGAAGCGCUGCAAAAACAUGGAGAUCCUGUACGAGUCUCUUCAGCUGGCUCACAAGUGUAUUCUCAACUCCUUCUACGGCUACGUCAUGAGGAAAGGGGCCCGCUGGUACUCCAUGGAAAUGGCUGGUAUAGUGUGCUUUACCGGAGCCAACAUCAUCACUCAGGCCAGAGAGCUAAUUGAACAAAUUGGGAGGCCCCUGGAGUUGGACACUGAUGGUAUCUGGUGUGUCCUGCCCAACACCUUUCCUGAGAACUUUGUGGUAAAAACCAGCAAUGAGAAGAAACCCAAGGUGACCAUUUCUUACCCGGGAGCGAUACUUAACAUCUUGGUGAAAGAGGGAUUCACCAACGACCAGUACCAUGAGCUGGUGGACCCCGGGUCGCUAACAUACAACAUCAGGGCGGAGAACAGCAUCUUCUUUGAGGUGGACGGACCGUACCUUGCGAUGAUCCUGCCUGCUUCCAAAGAGGAAGGCAAGAAGCUGAAGAAGAGGUACGCUGUGUUUAAUGAAGAUGGCUCUCUUGCUGAGCUCAAAGGUUUUGAAGUGAAGAGAAGAGGGGAGCUCCAGCUCAUUAAGAUUUUCCAGUCGUCUGUGUUUGAGGCUUUUCUCAAAGGUACCACUUUGGAAGAGGUCUAUGACUCUGUGGCCAAAGUGGCCGACUACUGGCUGGACGUGCUUUACAGCAAGGCUGCCAACAUGCCGGAUGCAGAACUGUUUGAACUGAUUUCGGAGAAUCGUUCAAUGUCCAGAAAACUUGAGGACUACGGAGAGCUGAAGUCCACGUCCAUCAGCACAGCUAAGAGACUGGCCGAGUUCCUGGGAGACCAGAUGGUUAAAGAUAAAGGUCUAAGCUGUCGUUACGUUAUCUCGCGAAAACCUGAGGGCUCCCCCGUCACAGAAAGGGCCAUCCCUCUGGCCAUUUUCCAAGCAGAGCCCAGUGUAAAGAAGCAUUUCCUUCGCAAGUGGUUAAAGAUGCCGAGCCUGCACGACCUGGACAUCCGCUCUAUUCUUGAUUGGAGCUAUUACAUAGAGAGGUUGGGUAGUGCAAUCCAGAAGAUCAUCACCAUCCCUGCAGCUCUGCAACAGGUGAAGAAUCCAGUUCCAAGAGUGAGGCAUCCUGACUGGCUACACAAGAAACUCUUGGAGAAAAAUGACAUCUACAAACAAAAGAAAAUCAGCGAACUGUUUACCAGUGAGGGGAAGAGACAGGUGGCCCAUCAGCCUCUUCAAGCAGGCCAGGCUGCAGACAUUGAGGACUUUGGGAUGCCACCCAGGCCCCUGCAGCCAGCCAUUCUCAUCAGCACCAAGCGAAAGCGGGACUCACAGGGGGGCGACAGCCAGACGGCAUCUCAGGACGUUGAGCUUACGCAGUCCUGGAGAGAAAUCCUGGGACCUCCCCCAACCAGGGGAAGAACACGGGAGGAGUGUCUUGUGUGGCUGCGUUACCAUAAGAAAAAGUGGGAGCUGCAGCUGAGACAAAGGAAAGAGAGAAAGAAGAGAAGGAAGCUGAUGGACGGUGAAGCACAACCCGUCGGCGGAGGUGUGAUCAGAGACGGUCCCACCACUGGCCUGGGAAGCUUUCUCCGCAGAACAGCGCGCAGCAUCCUGGACAUGCCAUGGCAGAUUGUGCAAAUUGCAGAGACGGCCCACCCUGGUCUCUACAAGCUGUGGGCUGUGAUUGGAAGCGACCUCCACUGCAUGAAACUCAAUAUCCCGCGCGUCUUCUACGUCAACCAGAAAGUCCCAAAACAGGAGGAGGGGGCCACGUACAAAAAGGUGAACCGCAUGCUGCCUCGCUCCAAUGUGGUGUACUACCUGUACGAGUACACCGUGCUAGAGGACAUGUACCAGGAGCACAUCAAUGAGAUCAACGCUGACCUCUCCGCACCAGACAUCGAAGGGGUCUAUGAAACACAGGUCCCCCUGCUUUUCCGUGCACUGGUGCAGCUCGGCUGUGUAUGCAUGGUCAACAAAAAUGGCGUGAGGGACCUGGCGGGCAGGGAGGCCGACACCUUUGAUCUGGAGCACCUAGAGAUGAGGUCUCUGGCCCAGUUCAGCUACCUGGAACCUGGAAGCGUUCGUCACAUGUACUUGUAUCAUCACAGCCAGGGCCACAAAGCUCUGUUUGGCCUGUUCAUCCCCUCUCAGAGAAAAGCUAGCAUCUUUGUCCUGGACACGGUCCGAAGCAACCAGAUGCCUAACCUGGGUAACCUCUACACGGCCGAGCGCACCGCCCUUCUGGAGAAGACGACAGAUGAACUUCUGCCUCCUGAGAAACACACCUUUGAGGUCCGGGCUGAAAACGACAUGAAGGCCAUCUCCCGUGCUCUGCAGCGCAUACUGCUCAACUACAAGGAGGAACGACGUGGGCCCACCCUUAUUGCUGUGCAGUCAAACUGGGAGUUGCGACGACUGGCCGCAGGGAUGCCAGUGCUGGAGGAGUUCCCGGUGGUUCCAGUGCACGUGGUGGAUGAGAUUAGCUACAAUGUGCUGGACUGGCAACGUCUCGGUGCUCGCCGCAUGAUCCGCCAUUACCUCAACCUGGACAGCUGCCUGUCGCAGGCUUUUGACAUGGCCAGGUAUUACCACUUACCGGUGGGGAACUUGCCCCAGGAUGUGUCCAUCUUCGGCUCAGACUUGUUCCUGGCGAGACAUCUGCGGAAACACAACCACCUCCUGUGGCUUUCGCCCACUGCCAGGCCCGACCUCGGAGGAAAAGAGGCUGAUGACAGUCGGCUGGUCAUGGAAAGCGAUGACAGAGGCUCAGUGGAAAUCAAUGCUCAAGGAUGUUACUCUACAGUGUGUGUGGAGUUAGACCUGCAGAGCCUGGCAGUGAACACCAUCCUCCAGUCGCAGCAUGUCAACGACAUGGAGGGGGGAGCCAGUUUGGGCGUCAGUUUCGAUGUGAUCCAGCAGGCCUCGUUGGAGGAGAUGAUGUCAGGAAAUCAGGGUGCGAGCGCUCUUGCUAGCUACGAUGAGACUGCUCUCUGCUCCAACACUUUCAGGAUAUUAAAGAGUAUGGUGGUUGGAUGGGUCCGUGAGAUCACACAGUUCCACAACGUGUAUGCAGACAACCAGGUGAUGCACUUCUACCGCUGGCUGCGCUCGCCGAGCUCUUUGCUCUACGACCCGGCGCUGCACCGCACCCUGCACAACAUGAUGAAGAAAGUGUUUCUGCAGUUGGUAGCAGAAUUCAAACGUCUAGGCUCGACUGUGGUGUAUGGAAACUUUAACAGGAUCAUCUUGUGCACCAAGAAGCGGAGGAUAAACGAUGCCAUUGCCUACAUGGAGUACAUCACCAACAGCAUACACUCCAGAGAACUUUUCCAUUCUUUGUCAAUCUCCUUCUCCCGAUGCUGGGAGUUCCUGUUGUGGAUGGAUCCAGCAAACUCUGGUGGUGUCAAAGGAAAACUGCCUUCCAGCCUCUUGUCUGGAGAGGAAGGAGCCAAACAGAAGAAAGGCAGGCAAGGGGAGGGAGAUGAGGAUGGCAGUGAGGAUGAAGAUGAGGAAGAGGAUGUUGAGGAUGAUGAUGGCGAGACCGAUGACGUGGAGGAGCUGAUCGAGAGCAACUGGAAUAUCAUGCAGUACCUCCCCCAAACAGCUUCCUGCCAAAAAUAUUUCCUUAUGAUCGUCUCAGCCUACAUCGCAGCUGUUUACCACAGCAUGAAGGAGGAGCUGAGACGCAACGCUCCCGGAGCAACGCCAGUCAAGAGACGUGCAGGGAGCCAGGCCUCCCAGCAGCCACUCGGAGACUUGAACGCACUUCCUGGAAUGAUUUCCUUCUCCCAAGAAUACGUGGCCAGUGAGCUGACACAGAACUUUUUCACAAUCACUCAGAAAAUUCAGAAAAAGGUGACUGGGUCCAGGAACGUAACCCAGACCUCAGAGAUGUUCCCCGUGCUGCCUGGUUCACACCUGCCGCUCAACAACCCAGCACUGGAGUUUAUUAAAUAUGUCUGCCAGGUUCUUUCACUUGAUGCUAACAUUGUGAAUCAGGUGAACAAGCUGAAAAGGGACCUCCUGCGUCUCGUGGAUGUCGGUGAGUUUUCAGAGGAAUCCCAGUUCUGUGACCCGUGUAACUCCUACGUCCUGCCAGAAGUCAUCUGCCACCACUGUAACUUCUGCCGGGACCUGGACCUCUGCAAGGACCCGUCUGUGGCACAGGAUGGGUCUGUCUUGCCUCAGUGGUUCUGCUCAAACUGCCAGGCGCAGUUUGAGACGGAGUCUAUUGAGAUGGCUCUGGUCGAAGCUUUGCAGAAGAAACUCAUGAGUUACACACUACAGGACCUGGUGUGCACCAAAUGUAAAGGGGUCAAAGAAGCCAACAUGCCCCUCUACUGUAAAUGUGCUGGAGACUUUGGCCUCACUUUCUCAACCAAGAGCUUUUCUGAGCAGAUCACAGUGUUUCGGAAUAUUGCGUCCCACUACAACAUGAGAUUCCUGGAGGAAAACAUCGACUGGCUGCUUGUGAUGAGCCCUCAGAUUGGCCAGAGCUCUCAUUGAAUGUGACACGGCGCUCCGACGCUUCUCCAUCCGGUUAUGAGGACACAGACAAAGUCGGCUGGAGCAGAACUAUGUGAACUGUAGAUAUUUGAACUCUUCAUUUUGUCACUCUACAUCUAUCUUUUGUAUGACUUUAAAAUGUUAAUAAAUUUAUUACAAGUGUUUUAUACGAGAGCAUCUCUUUUUGUUGCUGUAUUUUUGACUAAUGUUAUGUCAAAGGUAACGUGAUAUUUUAUAUUCUUGAAUGAAUCCAUCUGAGAAACGGUUAAGGUUAAGAAGGUUAACUUAAUUAAAAGCCAGUGAGGUUUUCAGUGCACAUUUAAAAAUCCCCAGGCGUGUGGACGUUCUAAUGUGGGAUGUAAGAAAAUAAUUUUCAAAUAUAUGCACCCAUUUGUUGUUCUCCAUUUAUCAAGGCGGAUAUUGAUCCAAAAGCCAUGAGUCUCGAGUCUUAUUUCACCGCUGACAUCUGCACUGCUUGCAGAUGGAUUCACACUCCCCCACAAUCUUGUUAGAGAAACCACUUUAUGGGAAGUCUCUCCUUUAUUUGAUUACCAUUUAUGUCUCUUGUGUGGCUCCUUGCGGUAUCCUCAUGCAUCCUCUCAUUAUGCCGCACACACUUCUAUUACUGUAGUUUCUUUUUUUCCCUUUUCAGGUUGAAAGACUUAAUAUAAUGAAUAAGCACAUCCCCUUUCUUCAAACAUGGUUUAUGUAUAAAUUUCAAAAAACAAAGGUGCUUCAAGAGUAAAAUGAUGCCAUUUUAAUGCUUGUGAUGUUAAAGCUAAUGACAAGAAUGAUUAACAUUUAUUAUUGGAUUGAAGUACACUUAUAGCAUGUAUGGUUUGUAAAUGUAAUUUUCGCAUAUUUUUUGUAAUAUGAAACUCUUUCGUUACUUUUUUUCAUUAAGACAAAAUAAACACAUCCUGUACAUAGUGUUAGCAUAUUCUGAUUUUAAGGAGAAACCAAGUUUAAUUGUAUUAAUAAACCAUUGACAGUUCAUGGAGGUUUUCAGUCAGCGUAGGAAGAGAGUUGGUUGCCUUUAAGGUUUCCCAUGGUGAUUCAGUCCUCUUUCGGUUUAUCCCCUGCAUCAGUCCUGAUCCAGACACCUUAGAAAGCACUCAGAGCUGCUGUUGUUGAGACCGUCGGGUGAAGGAGGAGAAUUUGGGAACUUGGCCAGUAAGAACUGAAGCAUCCCUGAAUGCAUCAGAGUGGUACCCCGUCUGACAGGUCCGAGUGGUUGGAGCCGUAACUGCUCAUGUAGCUGAGCUCCGUGGGAAGGGGAUCCUCCGGCUCCUUCAUCACCUGCAAAAGACAACCCUAUGUUAUUUA